ACUACCUUACAUUAUUAUUAUUUUUGUCAAUUAUUUUUUAAAAGAAACAACAACAACAACAAGAUUAUAAUUAUUAUCUUUAGUAUAAUUUAAGUGAUUUUAUAAUUUGGGUCUUAUCAUACAAAACCCAAAACGCAUUUCCACUGCAACCAUCCAAAACUCAAGAAUAUAUAUCAAUAAAUAUAUAUAUAUAUAUAUUUUCUCCCUUCCCUUUCUUUCAUUCAAGUUAUAUAUUUUCUCUUUUGUUACAUGGGAAGCUCUCACGAGCGAGUGAAAGAGGCCGUAGUGGUCACCCCAUCCGAGGCGACCCCAACUUGCGUUCUUCCACUCUCAGCCAUUGACUCCCAACCCUUCCUCCGAUUCACCAUCGAGUAUCUCUUAAUCUACAAACCCAGCACCAGACUGGGCCUCGAACACGAUGGGUCCACUUUGGCUUGUCUUCUUAAGUCCGCCCUAUCUAAGGCCUUGGUCCCUUACUACCCUCUUGCCGGAAGAGUACGAACCAGGCCCGACGGUUCGGGCCAGCUCGAGGUCGUUUGUCGGGAACAAGGUGCAGUCUUCAUCGAGGCCGUAUCUGACCGUACAAUCUCCGAUUUCACAAACAAGGCCCCAAGACACGUGACCCAGUGGAAGAAACUCCUCUCUGUCCACGUGUCGGACGUCCUCAAGGGGGCCCCACCACUUGUGGUCCAGCUCACAUUACUCAAGGACGGUGGAGCCGCUCUCGGCGUCGGCUUCAACCACUGCCUAAUCGACGGAAUCGGUAGCGCCGAGUUUCUAAACUUGUUCGCUGAGUUAGCCAACAGACGAGUCAAAUCCAGACCCGAACCUGUUUGGGAACGCAACUUACUUGAUCCGAAACCUGGGAAAGGAAUUCCUAGUAGUACAAGUAGCUUCGUUACUCUCCCUGAGUUCAACUCUGUUCCCGACAUUUCCGGAUUCGUAACAAGAUUCUCCAGUGAACGACUCACUCCCACCACUGUGACCUUUGACCGUACAUCUCUUGUGGAGUUGAAGAAUAUUGCACAGUCCACGAGGCUUACUUACUCAACAACAUUCACUUCGUUUGAGGUUCUCUCGGCCCACGUAUGGAGGAGUUGGGCUCGGGCUUUAAACUUGCCACCGAACCAAACCUUGAAGCUCCUUUUCAGUAUUAACGUUAGGGGCCGAGUCAGGCCCAAUUUGCCAUCUGGGUACUAUGGGAACGCUUUCGUAUUGGGCUGCGCCCAGACCAAUGCGAAGGACCUUGAGGAGAUGGGCCUGUGGUACGCGGCUGGGUUGGUGAAAGCGGCUAAGGAUAGAGUCGGAGACGAGCACGUGAGAGCGGUGAUUGAAUCGGUGAGCGAGUCGAGGGCGUGUCCUGACUCGGUUGGGGUUCUGAUCGUGUCGCAGUGGUCAAGGUUGGGUUUGGAAAAGGUUGACUUUGGGCUUGGAAAGCCGGCCCACGUAGGGCCCAUUUGCUGCGAUAGGUACUGCUUGUUCCUACCCGUACCUAAUCAGAGGGAGGCAGUGAAGGUGAUGGUAGCAGUCCCUGCAAGUGCUGUUGACAAGUAUGACUACCUCAUAAGGAACCAUUACACGUGAGGUUCACCCAACGUGAUUAUAGCUCACCCCGUUGACUUUUUCUAUUAUUGACUUCCUUUUUUUAAAUCUUUUGAGAAAAAAAAAAUGAGAAAGAUAGUGAGAGAGAUAAUAAUAACAAUUCUUUUUUAUUAUUAG